AACAUAUUUCUCUCUCCUUGCCUCCUCCUCCUCCUCCUCCUCCUCCUCCCCAUGAAGGGAAUGCAGCUCGGGUCAUAUGAUCGUUUCACUGACUGGAUGAGCAGAGCUGCAGCCGACUGAGAGGCUCAAGAGUCAGAAAGGAUCAAAAAGAUGAAGGUACUCAACAGAGUUCUGGUCCACACGGCCGUGUUUCUUAUGCUGGAGGUCCUCGUUCAGGGAGACACCAAGGUGGGCUGUGUGUUUGGGGGGAGCUGUGUGCUGCCUUGCCGCUUCCAGCCAAACGGGGAUAUGAUCUUUCACUGGGGCGAGAUAAGUGGGAAGAAGCUUCAGGUCCACUCGUACUACGAUGACCAGGACCAACUGGGAUACCAGGACCCUCUCUACAAGGGAAGGACCUCCCUGUUCAAUGACCAGAUCUCAGGGGGCAACGCAUCCCUUGGUCUGGCCAGGGUGAACCUCCAGGACCAGGGCAGGUACCUGUGUUACGCCAGCACUUCACAGAACAACCAGAGAACCUUCGUCACCUUGACUGUGAGAGCUCCUGUUUCGAGAGUGGACAUUCGGCUAGUGAACAACACUGUCACCUGUAAGUCUGGAGGAAUCUACCCAAGACCAAAGCUCACCUGGUCUGUCAUUCCUCGCCCGGCUACUGUCCUCCAGAACCCAACCGUGGUCCAUGAAGAUGACCAGGGACUCUAUGACAUAACUGGCUCCUUAAGAACUGUUUACAGUGACACAGAAUCGACCUACAGCUGCUCAGUCCACAAUGAACACAGUGCAAAGAAAGCCACGAUGAGGCCACACCCUCCAAUGCAAAGUGCUCCAAAGAGUGAGGUGUUACUCCCUUGUGAAGCCUCGGGGCUCGAUGACAUCACCUGGACCUUCAACCACAACCAGACCAUCCUCAGAAGACAAGCAGGACAAGAGAAGGUGGUGGAAACAGAGUGGCAGCAGCAUGUAAGAGACCUGUCUGAAUCAGGCAGCCUCCUGCUGUAUGUGACCUCAUCAGCCCAGAGUGAAGGGACGUACAGGUGUACUCUCAGGUAUGCAGACGAAGAAGACGUAACCCACAUUGAACUGAAGAUACUGGAGGACCCUAUUGCAGGGGGAUCAUAUAGCACAGAUUGGAUCAUAGUAGGAGUCAUUCUUUAUAUUAGUAUUAGUGUAAUCAUCCUCAUCAUCUUCAUCUGUUUAGCUUUUAGAGGAAGGGUUUCUUUAAAAUUUUCUAUACAAUUUUGUCAAUCAUUUUGCACAUAUAUUUUUGUUCCAACUGUUUUAUGCUGUUUCAUACCAUUUUUCAUGUUAGUAAUUACGUCAGUUAUUCUAUCAGUUUUCACAUUAAUUUAUUUUCUCUAUUUUCUCAAACAACCAAGUACUGAACACUCUCCUCAGGAGGUCCUUCCUCUGUCUGGGGCAGAGGGUUUAACCUCCUGACUGUAUGACCCGUACCAUCAGACACAGCAGGCCAGACUGGGUCGUAGGGGCCAGGAUUAAACGUUCACAUGUCAUUUAGGGGAGCGUUGUUAGAGGGGCUGACCAGCUUCAGGGAAGAGGACAGUUGUCAGACUGACAAUUGGAUGGCAAUCAGGGAGGCAACUUCAGCACUACAACUUCAGCACUACAACUUCAGCACUACAACUUCAGCACUACGGCAGGGACGUCCAAAGAGCACCCUUCCAGGGGUGCAGAGAUGUGUAUCUGGAUGGAUAGAGUUGAAGGAGUUCUUCUGCUUCAACAAACAGACAUUGCUCACUGUGUAUUUUAUCUAUGUCCCACAUGGUGUUUUAUAGUCUGCAUGUUGAUCGCAUGGAAAAACAACUUGAGCUGCAUUUUAAUGGUGUAAAGGUUGCUCCCAUGAUUUUUUAUUAUCAUUCAUUUUAUUUGCAUUAUAAUGUCAUAUCAACCACUUUAUAUAUUUUAGGGAAAUAUCUGUAAAUUAUAUCAUUUGUCUUUGCCUUCACUGCCUCACUGUGGUUGGGUGAAGCAAGCUUCACCUCAAACACAGGAUGCCUCUGGUGGUGCACAGAUUUGUAAUGUUGUACCCAUUAAGUUACAUAUAUUUACAUAUACAUUAGUUAUAUAUAUUUGAAUCCUCUACUGCUUGUCAUUUGAAGUCUCCCUGUGAUUUUGUUUUCAUCUAUAAAACGUAAUUCAAGAAA